CCGAGACAGCCAGCUCUGGGUCACCCACAGGGGCAUUUGCUCUGUUCAACCUUUGCCAGACCUUGCGCAAACAAGCCGCCUCAAUCGAGGCAAUGCUCCGUUCUGCUUGCUUGCCUUCUCGACGCCCUCCUCAUGCAUACCGGGUCCCUUUCCACCGGUACCUCAACAGCCUCGGCCUCAUCUCUCAUCCAUUGCUACUCGCCACGAUCGCCAUGUCCGUGACCAUUGCCAACCAGCACUCCGGGAGGUACCACACCGGCCACCAACCGUUGUCACCAUCGUUUCUGCGUAUCGACACGGUCCGUCAUUUCUGGGUUCGUACUUUGAACACCGCCAGCAGCCACCCCGACGUCCCUCGAGCCGUUUACCUGUCGGGCCGUUGCACACCGACGUUGCAAUACUCUUCGGGGUACUUAGGUAGGACAUGGCUAUUGAGCGGUGCCUUCACCUGUAGGGCAUCAAUCGAUCAGCAUGGGCAUCGGGACGAAGUUGAGCAUAUCGUGCCUAGAUUCCCGGCCACGUUGGGGUCUCAGAUGCUGGUGAGACAAAUCCUCCUUUUGUCCUGUUGUUUUAAAAGGGGGGGGGGAACGGUUCCAUACCUUUCUAGUGACAUGGCUGCAUCCCAGGGCCGCUGCUCAUCCUCCCACCUGCGCCCGCUAACCGAGUCGGCGGUUCUGGCCGCUAACGACGGGCCAUUGCAGUCCACUUCCGCACGCGGCCGUCGGCGGGUUCGUGCUUCAUCUGUCUGUCAUCGAGGCGCACCACACGUAUGCUGUGCGGGCUGGCGUCAAAUCAACCUCUAGUGCCUGCAGGGCUGUCCUGGUGUCCGAGUUUGUCGAUCCCGGGCAGUGACGGUCUCUGUUGAUACCUGCAAGACAGGUCAAGCUAACGGGAAGGGCACGAGUCA